AUGGCAGUUGGGGGUGCUGCUAAGAUGCACUUCCAAACUCUGAACAACAGUCCUGGAGAACAGAGGGCUCUCUCAAGACUGGAAGAAUGUAUCUGCUUUACAGCUUACAGAAGACCUAUAGUCAGAAGAGCGCUGACUGCACAUACCACAAAGAGGAAUGCUCAUCACAAGUCAAAGCACACCAGACUUAGAGGAGAUUGCUUCUUUUUCAAGAUCAGAGGAAGCAGUAUAAAGAGCGGGCUGGAGAGGGGCACAGAGCAAACUGCUGCCAGCGCCUUGAACGUGCCCAGGGAUGGUGCCAAGCAGCUUCAUCCUUGGCCGAAAGGCUGGAGCGCAAAGCCUGAGACCGCUGGGAUAAACUCUGCUGCAGCUGCCACGCUUGACUCCACACAGCUCCCCUGUCGCAGAACUGCUGCAGAGCUGCUGUGGGACAAGCCGAGACAAGCAUCUGAGGAGGGCGUGUUUAAGAGCAGCCCACGCGGAUCUUCCAGCAUUAGCGUCUGUGGGGCUUCCCGAUGUCCUGCCUGUGCUGCUGGGCGACGUGCCCUGGGGGCUCCCUGCCGAGGUGCUGCACGAGGACCGCGGCAGGAGCGGAUCCAAGGGCAGCUCUUCACCUCCCACUGCCGCCUGGGCCAAGAGCACCACGAAGGUACGGCCAGCAGAGCAAGCUGCCUGUCCCCCUGUGUUCACAAGGCUGCAGGGCCUGAGGGUUUUAACUGUAGUCAGUGGCCCUGUUUUUUUCCAAGGGGGUACAAGAAGGCGCCCUUUCAUGGUGUGAUCGUUCCUGGGGACACCAGCUGUGACCCUUGCUAGGAACCGGAUCCCAGGGGGGUUGGAUCCUGGGGUUUAUUCAUGGUGCCUUUUGAGAGAACUUCCCACAGCCACAGCUCGGCGUGCGUGGGAAGGGACGGAGCGCGUCCGCGCGGGUGUGAGGGGAAGCGCCCUUCCUUCCUUCUCCCCGCUCCUCCCACUCCCUUCUCGCUUUGAUGCCACGUGCCCUAGCUCUGGCUUUUGGUGACGGGUUUCUUAUUUGCUUGGUCUGUUGCAUAUAUAGAUUUGCAGAGCACAUUUUUCAAAGUAGCCAUACUAAGCGCCGGCCAGUCAUACCAACUGAGAGGCAAACGGUGUGCACGUGUGUCGGGGCGUUGGGGAAAUGGCCCGGGGAAGCGUUUCUGAAGGAAAGGUUGUGU